AUGAUGGCAAGCCUCCGGUACCCCAUGAAGGACAACACUGUGCCUAGCUGGGCCGUGCCGAUUAUUGCCAUCGUUGUGCCGAUGAUUUUCAUCGUUGGAAUAUACAUCAAGAGGAGAAACGUUUAUGACCUGCAUCAUGCUAUUCUUGGCCUUCUGUUUUCCGUUCUGAUAACGGCCAUCCUGACCGUUUCGAUCAAGGAUGCUGUUGGCCGGCCCCGCCCGGACUUCUUUUGGCGCUGCUUUCCCGAUGGAGUCCCGAAGUACAACAACAUCACCGGAGGUGUCAUCUGCCACGGACAGCGGAGCGUAAUCGAAGAGGGCCACAAGAGCUUCCCAAGUGGGCAUUCUUCAGGUUGUUUUGCCGGGCUCGGAUUUCUGUCAUGGUACCUGGCCGGCAAAAUCAAGGCUUUCGAUCGAAGAGGCCAUGUCGCCAAGCUGUGCAUUGUUCUUCUGCCUCUGCUUCUUGCAACGAUGGUUGCAGUGUCGCGAGUCAGUGACUACUGGCACCACUGGCAUGAUGUGUUUGCAGGUGGAGUUCUUGGAUUGGUGGUUGCUUCGUUUUGCUACCUUCAGUUCUUUCCACCACCCUACAGUAAACAUGGAGUUUGGCCUCAUGCGUACUUUGAGCACAUUCAUCAAACCGAGGGUGAAAGGAAUAUACAGUCAACAACAAACGCGAAUUUACACCAUCAGUCACUGUCACUUGAUCUUUCUGGAUCAAAUGAGAUUAGAACUCCCAGCCAUGCACUGGAUUCCAUGGAAGAAGGAAGCAGAGCUCAGUGA